UGGAAGAGACCGGACUUCGCCGGAGCACUCACUUCAAGCUUURCUAAGGAGCGUGGAGCUGCGAGGAAUGUGCACUUAAAACCGGUUUGCAUUCUGAAGCAGAAGAAUAAGAAGAAGAAGCAUUGUCAUGGUUUUGGAGUGACCGCUUGCCUUCCAGGGAGCGUCCACUGAAAGCUAAAAACCAGAUCAGUUGAACCACUCGCCCAGAAACUCAUCGSCCAGACAGAUCUGAACUGCCUAAUGGAUGCAAUAGACACCUUGCAGAGCUCGACCCCGGAGACGAAGGCUGAGCGCAUCGCUCGCUACAAGGCAGAAAGGAGGAGGGAGUUGGCAGAGCGCUAUGGCAACACGGAGGAAUUCACCCCUAAAUAUGUCCGAAGGGACCGUAAAAUUGGUGAGACAUCCGAAACAGAGUCCUCGGGAACCAAGGAGAGAGAGAAACGCGAGGAUAAUGGGUCAGAGCCAACAUACUCCAGGAGGGGGAUGAGAACUAAAGUGGCAGACUCCGGUGAUGAGGCCACCCACGAGUCAGACGCAAACUCUGACCUUAAAACAGAGACGGAGUCAGAGGUUGUGUCCUCCAUUGAGGCGUCUUCCAGCUUCAGGCUGCUGGAAACUGAUGACCCGGAGGAGCCUAAGGCUGAGAAGGCUUCAGAUUCUGCAGGCAAGAUGUCGUAUUUUAAGGAAGAGGAGGGAGAAGUGGAUGGUAGCAGCACCCAGCGCUGUGAUGACAGCAYAAAGCAUCAACUGAUCAGCAGUGACAGAGAGGGAACUUCCACCAGCGAAGGCAUGUCGACCGGGAUGCCUUCCCGGCAAACCAGCGUCACCUUGAGCCACCCUGAGAGUGAGGAGGAAAAGGAUGACGAAGUGGAAGAAGAGGAAUAUGUUGAGGAAGAGGUCAGCAGGGAGAGCGAUAAAGAGGACGACUCACCAGCUGAUGACAUCCCGGACGGUGGCAGCUUUAGCGUGCACCGAGAGGAGAAGAACAGCGGUGGCAGCACCAGCAGCAGAGAGAGCUUUGAGGAGAUGCGGAGUCCGUCGCCCGAUGAGAGCCUGGAGACCACGUCGACCGUGUCCGAGGACGUCGACGAGCUGGAGAGCAGCUUUGAUCAGAGUCAAGGCUCCGCGCUGAAACACAGGUCAGGAUACGCACAGACGCGCACAUAG